AACACUGUUCCUGUUGCACACCCUCUUGCGUUUUGCGCGCUAAAUUUUUGCAAACCAACAAUAAACACACAUUGCUGUCAAACAAUUUUGCACAAGCAGCCGGACACCACGCCGCUAGGCAUCAAUUGUGUGUACAUAUUGUUUAACUAAAAUAUUUGAAGUUAAAAAGGUGAUUGUUUAAUUGUGGCAAUUGGUGAAAACGUGCGUGUCUUUUUUUAUAUAGCAUUUUUUUCCAAACAGUGAAUUAAAAUCUCAAAAAACAAAUCACAAUGUCGUUGGCAUUCCAAAAUGAUGCGGAGUCCGUGAAACAGGCUAUUUUCGAGGAGCUGCAAAAUUUGCUCAGCUCAGAAUCCACCGUGAGAAUUUCAGCUGAACAACACAUGAAACAAUUGGAGUUUACUGAAGGUUAUGGCGUAUAUCUUUCCGAGCUGAUUAUGAAUCAAUCCUUCGAUUUGCCCUUGAGACAAAUUGCUUGCAUCAUGUUAACACGCUAUGUAGAAAACCAUUGGGGUGAAUUGGAUGAAGAGGGCAACCCUAAUGAAUCCGGCAGUGUGGCCACUGAACAAGCCAAACGCACUAUUCGUAACAUUCUACCAAAUGGAUUGUAUGACCCCAAUUCUAAAAUACGCUCUUCGGUGGCACAUGCCAUUUCUGCUAUUGCUGCAACCGAAUGGCCUGGUGUUUGGACCGAACUGUUUGACAUCAUCAUCAAAUGUUUGGGUGGCAAUGAGGACUCUAUACAUGGAGCUAUGCAAAUUCUGCAAGAUUUUUCAUAUGAUGAGAAACAAAUAAAGGAACUGGGGCCAGUGGUUAUAUCAGAGGUCUAUCGCAUCUUCGAGUCUGAACAGAAUUAUUCCAUAAAAACUCGAACAUCGGCCAUACGUAUCUUGAAACCCCUGCUUAUGUCCAUAAGUAUUAAUAUAAUGGACAAACAGGAACAGGCUACAAUGACCAACUCCAUAUUGACAAAUUUUAUGGAGAAAUUAAUGGUGUAUUUAUCCAUGGACUGCGGAGCAGCUUCCAAUUUCAUGUUGCGUACGGAAAUCGUAAAACUUCUCACAUAUCUUGUAACUGAAAUGCCCAAAUAUAUACAAUGCUAUAUGGAUCGAAUUUUACCUGUGAUUUGGCGACUCUUGACACAAGUUGCUGAAACCUAUGUUGCGGUGACCGUGAACCAAGCUGAACCAAGUCCCUUCCCCCCAGCUGACAACGAAGAAGAGGAUGAGCUCAACAAUUUCGCAUCCAUGAUAAUACAAAUUAUUGAAUUUGUACAAUGCAUUAUUGGUGCUGGCAAAUUCCGCUCCACCAUUAAGAAUGUUUUAACCGAUUUGAUUUAUAUCAUGAUUGUUUACAUACAAGUUCCUGUGGAACAAAUUGAAGACUGGCACGAAGAUCCCGAGAAAUUUGUGGAAGACGAAGAUGAUGGUGGUGUAGAAUUGACCAUACGUGUGUCUGGCCAAGAUGUUUUAGUGGCUUUGAAUGAGGAAUUAGGCUCCAAGGCUUUAACUGCCCUGCAAGAAGCUUUGGGACGUCACAUGAAUGUUGCCGAAGCUGAGAAGGCGGCCGGUAAUCCAAAUUGGUGGAAAAUUCAAGAAGCAUGUAUGGUUGCCGUCCAUGUUUUCCGUGAUUUAAUAUUAGAAUCUGAAGAAAAAUUUGAAUUGCUCAAUUAUUUGACGCUGGUGCGUAAUUGGCUCAAUAACCAAGAGUGUCCACAUUUAGUAGGACGAGCUUUGUGGACUUUAAGCACAUAUUCAAAAUCGAAAUUAUAUAAUCCUCAAAUGUUGGAGGAGAUCUUAAAUGUCACAUUGCAAAGUUUGCAGCCCGACAAGGCGAUUGUACUGAAGAUAAGCGCUGUAAGAGCUAUUCACGGUUUCGUGCAGGCCCAUGAAAAAUCCGAUGGCGAAAAACGUGCUUUGAUUCAAGCAAAAUUACCCGGUUUUGUCGAUGGUAUUCUCUCUUUAAUACCAGGCUGUAAAAGCUCGGUAUUGGGCAUGCUUCUAGAAGCUUUAACUACUAUAAUAACAUUUGAUCCUUCGUUUGCUGCUCAGGCCCAAACCAAAAUAAUUCCAUUGACCAUUGCAGUAUUUUUAAAGUAUCCCGAAGAUCCUUUCAUUUUGGAAACUGUACAGGAUGUAAUCAAGGUUCUUUGCCAGAAUCCUCACUGUUUCCAGCCUUUACAAGAGAAAUUCAUACCAACAAUUGUUAGCAUUUUGGGCUUGCACGGCGAAGUGGCCAAUUCGGCAAAGCAGGAUAUUGCCCUCGACGUUCUUACCACGAUUGUUAAAUAUUCUCAAGCUCCUUUACCAUCAGCUUUGGUAGACACCGCUUUUCCAGCAAUGAUCCAAUGUGUAUUGCGUUCUGAUGAUCAAGCCGUCAUGGUAGCCGGUGGCGAAUGUCUCAGGGCCUUUAUUUUCGUUUCGCCCGAGCAGAUUUGCACCUACAACAAUGGUGAAGGUCUCAACUACACAAUGCAAUUGACCACCAUGUUAUUGAAUCCCAUGAACAACGAGAUGACUGCUGGCCAGAUAGGUCGUUUGGUCAUAACCAUCAUUACGAAAAUGGGUAAUAUGUUGGGCGAAAAUGUCGAUUUACUUUUGAAAGCUGUCAUUAGCAAAAUGCAGCUGGUCGAGUGUUUAAAGGUUAUUAUGAGUCUUGUGGUGGUCUUUGCCCAUUUGUUCCUAACACAAAUGGAUGCUGUGUUGAAUUUCCUUUCUACAGUUCCGGGACCUACUGGAGAGCCAGCCAUGCAGUUUGUCUUCAAUAAUUGGUUGCCCAAACAAACCUCAUUCUUUGGCACCUACGAGCGUAAAGUUACCACCAUGGCUCUGUGCAAACUUUUUGAGUAUGGCGUUACAACACAAGACAGUCGUUUAACUUCCAUUACUGUCAAAGAUUUGAUUGUCAAUGAUGCUGCCAAUAAUACACCUCGUGUCAAAACUCGUUCCCAGUCCCAUGCCAAUCAUCAAUGGGUUACCAUACCGGCAUUGGUAAAAAUGUAUAAAUUACUCAUUAACGAACUUAGCCAUCUCAAAGAGGCUAGUCUUGAUGAUUAUGAGACGGACUCCGAAGAUGACGAGGAUCCCUCAUCGGGAGCUGGUGAAAAACCUACUGGCAGUUCUCCACCCAAAGCACGUUUUAUUUCCGAUUUGUAUUUCAACGAUGAUGAAGAUGACAACACCGAUGAUGAUCAACUAACACAAGAGCUUUUAAAAGAUCCCCUAUUCCAAACGAAUAUGGAAGAAAAUCUCACAAAAUUCUUGCAAAACUUUUCAAGUAGCGAACAUUUUCCCAUGUUUGCCGGUCACUUAUCAGAAGAUGAGAAGACCGUCUUAAAAUCCAUACAAGUGGAGGUUCCUUAAAUGACAGUGAGGAAUGAGUCUUUAUAUUUAUUUUGUGUCUUUUAAUUUCCAUUACAAGCUCAUUCUUCAUGUGCAUAGUUUGUUAUUUUAAGUUUGCCAUCACCGUAGUUAUAUCUUUUUGUUUUGUUUUCUACUAUCAUUCUGUAUACUCUGUUUAAUCCAACAACAUUUUUAUACACAAUAAAAUGAUAAAAUCUAUAAAA